AUGAUCCAAACGUUCUUUGUUGAUGCCACAGAACUUGAUGAAAAGGAUCCUUAUACUGGCAUUUUAUCAGCGGUUGCACUCCCGACGCAAGCAACCAUUCAUACUACAUUAAAUGCAACGCCCAGUCAAUUAGUCUUUGGCCGCGACGCAAUGCUAGACAUAGAAUUCCACGCAGAUUGGAAUGCUAUCAAAACUAGAAAACAAAAGGACAUAAAUGAAAAUGAUCUUUGGGACAAUGCAAAGCGAACUCCCCACAAUUAUCAAGUUGGCAACCAAAUCAUGAUCAAGAAUGAUCCAAGCCGCAAAUUUGGAACGAAUGCUUAUUUGGGUCCAUUUCGCGUGACCAGCGUUAAUGACAACGGCACUUUGCGAUACCAACGUGGUCAAAUCAACAAUACCAUCAACAUUUGGAAUGUUUCGCCAUAUCAAGUCAGCUGA